AGGGGAACUGUACUCUGGCAAGAUGCUCUCUGUCUGGUGUGGCUGGGAGCCAGGGACUGGCUUACAUGGACAGCAGGAAGCUUGUAGUAAAUAGCUCCAGUGUCUUCACUGUCCGUUACUUCAGAACCACUGCAGUACGUAGGGAUGACGUGGUUACGGUGAACACACCAGCCUUUGCAGAGUCAGUCACAGAAGGAGAUGUCAGGUGGGAGAAAGCUGUUGGAGACACAGUGGCAGAAGAUGAAGUGGUGUGUGAGAUUGAAACAGACAAGACAUCAGUGCAAGUUCCAGCCCCAGCAGCUGGUGUGAUUGAAGCCCUUCUGGUACCUGAUGGUGGCAAAGUGGAAGGGGGGACACCUCUGUUCAAACUCAGGAAAACUGGAGCUGCUCCUGCCAAGGCCACACCAGCAGCAGCCCCUCCUCCUGCUGCAGCCCCUGAACCUGUAGCUGCAGCUGCCCCUCCUCCUGCUGCAGCACCAAUUCCCACUACGAUGCCACCAGUGCCGCCUGUGUCAACUCAGCCCAUCGACAGCAAACCAGUGUCUGCGGUGAAGCCGGCUGCAGCCCCAGCGGCAGCCCCUCCUGGGGAGGCAGUGCCCAGCAAAGGUGCCAGAUCAGAGCAUAGGGUGAAAAUGAAUAGGAUGCGUCAGCGUAUUGCUCAGCGGCUGAAAGAGGCUCAGAAUACUUGUGCCAUGCUGACCACUUUCAAUGAGAUCGAUAUGAGCAACAUCCGGGAGAUGAGAGCUGUACACAGGGAUCCCUUCCUGAAAAAGCACAACCUGAAACUAGGUUUCAUGUCAGCUUUUGUGAAAGCUGCAGCUUUUGCUCUGCAGGACCAGCCCAUUGUGAAUGCAGUGAUUGAUGACACGACCAAAGAGAUUGUGUACAGGGACUAUGUGGACAUCAGUGUCGCUGUAGCAACUCCCCGGGGUCUUGUGGUCCCUGUCAUUAGGAAUGUAGAAAACAUGAAUUAUGCUGACAUAGAGCGAGCUAUCUACGAGUUGGGGGAGAAGGCACGGAAGAACGAACUGGCCAUCGAAGACAUGGAUGGAGGCACUUUCACAAUCAGCAACGGAGGGGUUUUUGGGUCACUGUUUGGGACACCUAUCAUUAACCCACCCCAGUCUGCCAUCUUAGGCAUGCAUGCCAUCUUCGACAGGCCUGUGGCUGUGGGAGGCAAGAUUGAGGUGCGACCCAUGAUGUAUGUGGCGCUGACAUACGAUCACCGGCUGAUUGAUGGCAGAGAGGCAGUGACUUUCCUGCGCAAGAUCAAGGCAGCAGUGGAGGAUCCCCGCGUGCUGCUGCUCAACCUGUAGCGCAGCCGCACCCCCACACAACCCACCCAGGGCAGGGCCACAGCACCAGCAGGGCCAGUGCAGGGCAUUCAGGAACUGGCAGGGGUCAUUCCAGUCUCCCUCCCUCCGCUGUGAACGGAGCUGUCCCAGAGGGAAUUGCGGGGAUAGCUCCUACCUCCUUUCCUAUUCUGUUUAAUGAAGGCUCAGUUUCUCACGAGGAUUGCUAUGCAGUGGGCCAACCCACCCACUGAAUGGCACUUACCGCCUUUGCAGAGCCGUCUGUACAGCAUCCUCUCCCUCACGGCACCAAACUCUCACCUCUAGCUUGUCCUAUACCACUGGAAACUGCUUGCUGCUGCUGUGCUAGGGUACCCUUCCCUGCCGCUCCCAAGGCAGGGUCAGCUUUAUUUCCUAGCACUGAGGUUCCUGGGAGGGAGAGGAGAGGAAAGCCUACUGUUCUGUCCCUGUUUUGCUUGAAAAUCUUUCACACUCAUCUGUCUUGCAAGGGCAGACUGGGGACCCCCAGGCCGCUUGCAGCAGAGGUUUUGGUCAGAGCAGGGUUCGAGGUAGGUGUCAUGCCUCUGGCAGUGCCCUAGUUACACUC